AACACAUGCAAGGUCAUCAACGUAACAAUUGUAGAAUUUGUAACGCUCAGUUUCGAAAAAAAAAAUUCUGUGUAAACACAUGAAAACUGCUCAUAAAAUUGUUGAGCCAGAGAAACUUUAUGAAUGUCCAUUUUGUGAACGCCAUUUCUUUAAACGACCUUCGCUUCUUUCACAUUUAAAAGAGCAUGCAAACGGAAAGAUAGUUUGUAAAAAAUGUGGGGAAAUGUGUGACAAUGAAGAAGCUUAUAGCUGGCACAUGGAAAAACAUUUAGAAGAAUACGAAUUUCAUUGUACACAGUGCAAUGAAAGCUUUGCAAGACGUCAACAGUAUGAGAAACAUAUGAUGGGUCAUGAGAAACAUGGUUGUACUAUCUGUGGAAGUAACUUCUCCACAAAGAAAGACCUUAUGAAGCAUCGUCAGGUUGUACAUGAUAUUCAUGUGAAAGAGGAAAAAAAACAUCUUUGUACAACUUGUAAUAAAAAAUUUCAUAGGCCGACUCUACUCAAAAUACAUCAGCGAGUCCACACGGGUGAAAAGCCUAACAAGUGUUCAGAAUGUGACAAAAACUUCCGCACAUCUAAGGCACUAUCAAUCCACAUGAAGACUGCUAGUCACUUAAAAAUUGCUGGUAAAAUUGAUGUAGAAAAAGUCCAGUUAGAAAAACCAUACCUAUGUGCUCAGUGUGGAGCAAAGUUUUGUGCCAGACAAGGACUGCAACGGCAUAUGCAGCAGCUACAUUGUGAUCUUAGACCUUUUGAAUGUCCAUAUUGUGACUAUAAAUGUAAAUGUAAAACUAACUUGAAACGACAUAUAGAAUUCCAUACAGAUAAAAGGAGAUUUGUUUGUGAAGUUUGUGGAGCUGCUUUUCAUGCAUUUGCAACUUUAAAAGAGCACAAUGCAUAUGUUCAUUCUGAUGCCAGAGACUAUGUAUGUGAACAGUGUGGAAAGGGAUUUAAAGGCAGGAGUGGUUUAAAAAGACAUAUGAGAAUUCACAGUGAUGCCAGACCAUACCUUUGCUACUGUGGUCAGUCGUACAAACGAAUGUCACAUCUGAAGAGACAUAUGGUUUCUUCUCAUCACAUGCAAUUCAAAAGCAAGCGUGUUAAAAAAAUAAAUUCUGAUGAUUGUUCAGAUGGAGAAACCAACUUCAGUUCACAGGAGUUGUCUGAACUCACAGGAAUUUCAGAAGGGGACAUAAAUGAAACUUCUUAUGAUAGUUUAACUGUGGUUUUGACAAACACUGAUGGAUUGGCUCUAACACAACUUCCCUGGGGACCAGAUGAUUACAUUCUUCUCAAAGUACCAACUACUCAGGAAGAUAAUGAAGCAUCUCCUUCAGUAUCAGAUGCUCAUUCCAAGAAUGGAACCUCUACUUUAAAACACUUCUCAACAGUCUUGACAACUCCUCUGGUAUCCUUAUUACAGAACCAAGGACAAACAACUGGUACAUUGACUGCAUCUGGUGGGGAUUUGACUAGGCCAGAGGAAUCUACUCUUUCUCCCACCUGCUUUCAAUCUUCAAUUGUGCAAGCCUUACCACAACAUCCUUCUUCACCUUUGCCUUCUAACCCAGAGUCACAUUUUGUACCUCCUUCAGAAUAUUCAUUAAUAUCAAACCACUCUCUUCCGGAUACAAGCUCUUUAGUUACUCUUUCAGCUGUUCCAGAUGACGUGUCUCUUAAUUCUCUGACAGGUUUUACAUUUAACCAUUCAACUCCUAAUAUUUCUGCUUCAAAAGUUCUUGACCAUUCUUUACUUCCUCCUCUUUCCCAGGAAGUUGGAAAAAUACAAAAUUUCUCUUUGUAUGAGAAACUAGAAUCUGGAUUGAUGACUCAUCGUCCAUUAUCUGACUUACCUCAACGCCUCCUGUCUGUUAGCUCACGCCAAGAUUCGGUUACUGUAGAAAACACAACAACAGUGUGGACAACUCUCCCAGAUCAAACUACUUCUGACACAACCCCAGUAUUAGACGUUGACCAGUGUAAAAGCAGUACAGUUGAUUCUGAUCUUCUCAAACUUUGUAACUUUCCGCCUACCUCAUCUUCUCAUCUUCCCCAAGUGGCCACUAGUCUUUUCACUUGUACUGUACCUUCAAUUCCAGAGCAUCAGAUUAGUCCAGAAUUGUCACCACAGCAGGAUAUUGCCAGUUUUGCUUCACAGCUUGACACUGGAGGAGUUGAACAGUUUGUCUCUAUAUAGAACUACUGGUAUUUGUAUUGUCCAUUACAUAAUUGAUUGGAAGGUCAAACAAAAUAGUGGAAUUUAUAUCUUCAUAUUUAUUGUUUUAUUUUUUAUUCUUUUGAGCAAACUAAAUUGUGAAACUGUGCAUAGCUGUUAGAAGUAGCAUCACAAUAUUGUUAAAUUGCUUCUUUUCAUAGCACAUUGAAAGAGGAUGGUUUCGUGUUUGAGACUGGUUUGUUUAACUUCUUUCUUAAGGUCAAAGAAGGCUAAUUGCACCUACCUGUUCUAAGAUAAUAGCAGCAAAUGAUACUUAAAUUAAUGCUACAAUUUAUGGAAAUUGAAAAUUUUCAGUAAAUUUUGAUUCCUGAUCUGCACAAGGUUAAAAAAGUUGUAGCACAAAAGAAGAUGGUUUGGAUUACUGUUUUUAAUAUAUAUAUAAACUUGAUAUGUUGCCAGUGCCCUUUAGUUUAUAAUCAUGUGAUUUUUUUUCCUACCUUAACAAAUUUCUCAGUGGUUUUUUUCCUAUGAAAGAUACUGGUGGUAUGGUUUAACCAUAGACAUGCCUAUCACAUUUCAUUAUGUUUUACUCUGUUAGUGAAUGAAGAUUUUAAAGCUUUAAAUUUUUGUUUUACCUAGAACCCCACCUAAUGAAAAUGUGUACUGCAGUGGUUUAGCCAUCCCACAAGGUAGCACAUGUUACUUACAAUUCACUUAGUACCAAAGUUAAUACAAGGUAGCACAUGUUACUUACAAUUCACUUAGUACCAAAGUUAAUACAAGGUAGCACAUGUUACUUACAAUUCACUUAAUACCAAAGCUGAUGUGUAAUUAUGACUGCUUUAACAACUGGAAUUCUAGGUUGUUUUAUAAUUUUAAUUCAUUUGUACAUUUCUUAUUCUUCUGUCUUAAGUAUUUAGUUGUUGUUUUUCAAUAAGUGUUAAUUACAGUUAACUUAUAUCUAUUACUGGUACCUUUCUAAAGUUCCUGUUCAUAAUCAUUUAAGUUGAGCUACAUUUUGUCCUCCAAAUGAAAUGUUUCUUUAUCUGGCAAACUUAUACUUGAAGUCUUUGAGACCUGUUUAUGUUGUGAGUAUGAUAUCUCAGCUCUGCUCAUAUUCUAGUGUACUUUAAUCCAUAGAUCUUUGUUCCAUUCCUGUUUAUUUCAGUAACAACGCUAUCCUUGUUUGAGUUCUCAACAUUCUUUACCUUCUUCUAGGCUUCAUCAUUCUGACUUGUCAGAUUUUGAUAAAUUCAAUGUUUGAGGAUUUACUUGGCUCUUAAGCAGUAUACUGGAGAAGCUUGUCGAGUGUUCUUUUCUGGCUGUGGUUUAUUCUAUAUUCUGUAACCAACAAAGAUAGGGGUUUCAUCAGACAAUAUCAACUAUUUCAGUUUUUUUUUCUAGUUGCUUUUUUUAUCUUUUACUUUACCCAGGUUUUUUUUUCCCUUUCUCAGAGAGUGGUUAUUGAAGUUUGAUUAAAAAUUCAUAUAUGCAACCCUGUUAACAUUUCCAAAACUAUCAUAAAAGAACUCUGCCCCAAAAAUAACUAAAUUCUUCAUUCUGGAUGAUUAACUGUUCAUUGGUCAAACCUUCUACAAGAUUCAUCAACAUGGACACUAUAACAAACAAGUUAUCAAUUAGAAUAACAUGAAAUGUAAGGAAACACAUAUUUUUAGAAGAAGUUUUAACUAAAUUGGCUAAACAUAACUAUCUUUCAACACCUCUAUUACUUUUUCUAUUAGUUAUGCUAAAUGUGCGACAGAGUUAUAUCUUAAUACUCUUCUAUCCUCAGACAUAAUACAUUAUUCAUUAAAUACAUUGUUAGACUAGAGAGAGAUAGCAAUAAUUACGUACAUAGAGUUUUUGUGAUUAAUGUUUUCAAUAUUCUUGAAGUACAGCCAUAUUUAGGCAGCAUGUCUCCUAGCAACUGUGGACUAAAGAUUAUUUCUCUUCUGGACCAAGAAACAUGACGUUUUAUACACAUUUUCUUGUGUUCAUCUGAUUUCUCAACAAGUACUGUAGAGCUAUUUUGCAAGUAGUUCUGUUACUAAAUUGGUACAUAUGUGACCUUUUCUACUAAACCAAAACCAUAACUAUUUGUUAAUUGGUUGAUAUGACAAGUUAUUUAACAUUGAUCUUUUCACAUAUACUCCUCCACUUGUUGCUUCCCAUCAAAGUUUUACUCCUUAUUUUUUAUAAGGUUACUUCCAUUAAUUUGAUGUGUGAUAUAAACUUUUCUCUACUGUGAUUCUGUCUGCUUUGUGCUGAUAAGAAGAACCGCUAGCUUCCAAGUCUCAUAUUACAGCUUGGAAUGCAUUUUCAAUCAACUCGUGUAUUUUACUUUGCAUCUUUCCCAUCCUUAAUUAGUCUUCUGUUCUUUGUUAAGUUUCUACUAUGUUUCUGCCACUGUGUGUGUUCUUUCUCAUCUUGUAUGUGUGUGUGACCACAUAUAAAAGUUUAAUUUUCAAAAACUUUAAGCAGUCAUAAUUUUAGCAAAUGCUUCAUGACCAUAUUCUAAUUCUAGGUGGUCUUGGAGAUCACCUUCAGUUGUACUAGUGCUGUUGGAACAAGGUCUGUAACUUCAGAAAGAGGGACACUUCACCAUUUGUGGCUCCUUGAGAUCUAGCUGAUUUCAUUAUGUUGGCUAUUGCUGUGUCUUAGAUGUAGCGAUGGAAUGGUCAGACCUAACACCAUCACAUUUGUGGUUCCUUGAGAUCCAGCUGAUUCAUUAUGUUAGCUACUGCUGUGUCUUAGAUGAAGGAAUGAAAUGGAAUGGUCAGACCUAACCCCAUCAUUGAUUCUAUUCCUAUGUUUUCAUGGUUUUCAUAGUAAUAUGUGAAUCAUGACUUGUUACAGAUCCUUCCCAUCUCAGCCAUUAGUUCCUAGUGUCCUGCUUCAGUAUUGAAAGUGCUUAAGAUCUUGUCUGUUUCUUUCAGGUGAGUCUGCAGAUGCAUAGAUGUGGGAAGGUAUUUAAUAUUGGGGGUCAGAUUUGAAAAUUAUCAUCCUCAUACAAAAACUUUCAUGUUUUACAUAGAUGUUUCACAAGUAUCAAUACAAAAUAAUGUUUACAAACUGUAUAUAUAUUCAAUGCUGUGUCACUUUGUUUUUGUUCAUAAAAGUGUCAUUAUACAUACGAGAUCUGUUAAACAUGAUCUUUUAUAUGAUGUCAAAACUUUAUUCUACUACAUCACAAUAUUACAAAGCUUAAUUAAUAAUUCACAAAAUUUAAAAUGUUCAGGCACAAACUGUCAGUUUUUUGGCUUAAAUAUAUACAGUAGCAUAGAGCGAUUGAGGCAUUGUUGGGGCAUAAUACUCUUCAGAUUUAUCUUAACACACCUAAAUGUAAAGUUCUCUCUGCUGUUGAGGUUAUUACUGGUGCUGUUAAUUACAGACAAAGAAGUUUAUCCACCUCGCAUAACAACUUCUUGCAAACAGGCUGAGCAUCAAAGGCAUCACAAGUAUGGAUUCUGGUAGCUGUGAAGAAGUAUUAUGCAGAAUCAGGCCAGUAUGCAGAAUAUUUGAAAGGGUGGAGGGGGGUCUAAUUUGUGAGAUCAAAUGCCAAUGCAUAUUGUGCAAAGUACAAUCAGCAUGCAAAGCUUGUUAAUGCUACAGAGGUCUGGGGAUAUGUGAUUAUGUAGAAAAUGAUAAGUACCAUAAGCAGCUUCUCUAUAAAUAUAUAAGCAUAAUGUUUUAUAUCACAAAAAUAGGGGUUCAGCCAAACCCUCUUGAACCCCUUCUGCAUACGUAUCUAAUAUUUUGUAUGAAAGGAUAUAUUAAGAUUUACUAUAUAUCAAGUCUUGCUAUGAGAGUCAUUUAUUUAAUACAUACCAAUAAAUAUUAUUAAUAAAUGUGCAGGUUCUAUAUAAGUCACUCUAAAUAGUGAAAAUGUGAAAUGCAUAUAAUUAUAUUAUAUAUAAAUAUUAAAUUGGUCAUGACCCCCAUGGUUCUGAUGCCUAAGAUAUGAUCAUUUUGGAAAUUUACUUAAAUCAUUAUGGAAAUGCAACCAAUAUAUUACAUUGCCAUAUCUGGAUGAUUAAUUUCUCUAUUCACAAUCAUCACUGGAAGUGUAACUGGUAGUUUGUUUUAUGUUACAUUAAAAUUGCUUUUAUCAACCAAAGAAAUUGUCAGUUGGUACCAGUACUCUGUCUCAUCAAGAUAAGUUGACAAACUCAUUGAAAAAUUGGCUAGAACUUCCUGGCUUAGCUUUCAGGAUAGAGGUCUUUAUGAGUUAGCGAAUGAAGUUGGUUUCUUUCAUUCUCCUGUUACUCCAUACUCUCUUGAUGACAGAAAUUGCUGGUGCCCAGGGACAAGAACCUUUUGUGGUAUCUUCACUGAAUCAGCUUUUUCCAGCAUUGUAAUCAUACAUUGGGUCAAUAGGAAUCACAUCAUUACCAGAAGAACCAUAACCAUCACCAGAAGAAUCAUAGCCAUAACCAUCAACAGAGAAUCAUAGCCAUAACCAUCAACAGAGAAUCAUAGCCAUAACCAUCAACAGAGAAUCAUAGCCAUAACCAUCAACAGAGAAUCAUAGUCAUACCCAUUACCAGAAGAAUCAUAUUCAUACCCAUUACCAGAAGAAUCAUAGCCAUAACCAUCAACAGAGAAUCAUAGUCAUAACCAUCAACAGAGAAUCAUAGUCAUAACCAUCAACAGAGAAUCAUAGUCAUAACCAUCAACAGAGAAUCAUAGUCAUAACCAUAACAGAGAAUCAUAGUCAUAACCAUCAACAGAGAAUCAUAGUCAUAACCAUAACAGAGAAUCAUAGUCAUAACCAUCAACAGAGAAGCAUAGCCAUACCCAUUACCAGAGAAGCAUAGCCAUACCCAUUACCAGAGAAGCAUAGCCAUACCCAUUACCAGAAGAAUCAUAGCCAUAACCAUCACCAGAAGAAUCAUAGCCAUAACCAUCAACAGAGAAUAAUAGUCAUAACCAUCACCAAAGGAAUCACAGCCAUAACCAUAACAGAGAAGCAUAGUCAUACCUAUUACCAGAAGAAUCAUAGACAUAACCAUCAACAAAAAAUCAUAGCCAUAACCAUCACCAGAAGAAUCAUAGCCAUAACUCCUCAUAUCUUCACAGAUCCAUUACUAACAGAAUGAGAGCUGUGGUAAAGAACAAUUACUAUUGAUUGGUGUCGUUUCAACUAUUGGACGUGUGAAGCAUUUCUCACUCGGAGAUUAUGAACCAAGUAUUCUUGAUUAUUUUGAACAAAUUUCAUGAUGUUCACAGUUUUCUUAAUGGUUAUUUUGUUAUCCUUACUCUUCUAGAUUGGACUCAUAAGUGAAGCUGUAUAUUAAGUAAUACCUUUACAUUAAUCAAUUUUCAUCUGACAGGGUUCUAGAGGAAUUCAAGUGUCAGUUUUUCUGUCUUUCUCGUGAUGGUGCACUUUCCCUUAGUUUCAUCUUCUUCGCAAAUUGUUUUCCUGCUGUGAAUGACUGUUGUAUGAGUUUCUGCUUAUUAUUCAAGACAAUCAUUUUGAAUGAAUAGAUGUCAUUUCCUGACAGACUAUCUGAAUGAGUGGAAGGCCUUCCAUUACUAAUUUUGGCCAAAACUGCUGCAGUACAGUUUCAUGUGGGAUAUUAAAUCUCUAUUCUUAGGGUGUAGAAACCUUAGCUGGCAAAGCGUGACAUUUAUUAGAAGUAUACGUGUGAUAUUACAUCAAAGUAAAUUUGCUAAUAAUUUGAAUCACAUGAUUUUUUGCUGUAAACCCGCUAAUAAUUUGAAUCACAUGAUUUUUUGCUGUAAACCCGCUAAUAAUUUGAAUCACAUGAUUUUUUGCUAGUCCAGUAUGGGUUUCCAGUAAGAAGAGAAUAUUAUAGCCCUUCAACAAUACCUUGUUUAUUGUAUGCUGCUGCUGACAAAGCUGUUCAGUCAAUAUCAGAGCUCGUCAGAACUGUGUCGUGUAGUUUUCUUGACCAGGCAUAGCAUUCAAAAGUACUGUAAGAGUGAUUCUUGAGCAUGAUG